AUGACGCUUUGCAGAAUCUUCUUUCAUGAAGAAUUAGACAAAUUUCUGCGCAAUUCAUCUUUGAGUACCCAAUUAGCUCAAGCUUUAAAAGAACGUUUAAAAAAUACACAAUCUUCAUUGUCUGAUCACUCAUCUUCUACGUCUGAAGAUCAAAAUCGACCAACAACCAGUAAUUUUAAUGAACUGCGAAAAAAAAUCGAACGCUCUUUUGUUCCUAACAUAAAAGAAGAUAACAUCAUACCAGAAGUUGGGGAAGAAGAUGAUGGGUACGCCCAAAUGUCACCAAGACAUGCUUUGUCUUCAAAUAUUCAGGUAAAGACCUUGAAGAAAGUAUUAAAUGAACGAAAUUUGCAGAAUAAAAAGUCAACUAGCAGAUCAAUUAAAGAAUUUAACGAAGAUCGAGUUAGUCACUAUGAUUCACCAAGAAGUAAUGCACCAAUUUCAAAUAAUGAAAGAUUCAAAAAUAAAAAUCCGCAUUCUUCUACAAGUUCAUCGAAUUUAGUCGACAAAAAUACUAAUGAUUUUACAAAUGCGAAAGAAGGAAAGGGAAAUCAAAAAUUUCAAUCGAGUUUGGAUCGCGUGUUAUCAUUUAAGAAAAAUCUGCCUUUGCAAAAGACUGAACCUGAGAGCGAUGAUGAUGAAUAUGUCGUUCCAAUCAAUGAAGAAUUACCAAUUUCUUCACCCGGGUUUCGACCAUUACCAUCGAUUCCAAUUGCAGAAGUAAUUCCUCAAGGGAGAGCUCCUCCAUUACCUAUUGCAAACGACUUGGACAGUUUUGAAAGAGAAAUAGAAGAAAAUCCUAAUUAUCGAAAUGUUACGAGACAAGAUGGAAUAUCUUUGCUUGAACAGAAAAAGGAUGGGACUUUUCUAAUCAGGCCAUCAGAAACGGGUUCAGGAUAUGCUUUGAUGUUUCAAUUUCGACGUCAAUUUUAUAACAUCAAAAUCAUGAAAAAGGAAGGUGUAAAAUUUGCUCUUAUGAACAACAGGGAUCGAUCUUUAUGUUUUAGCAAAUUGUCAUCUUUGCUAAAUUAUUACCGGGAAGGUGUUGAAUUGUUAUUAUUACAAAGCGGUGAUAAAAUUUUUGGUGAAACUUAUUUGUAUCCAUUAUAA